CCAGGAGUUAUUUUUAGACUUAUAAAACCACAAACCAUCAAUAAAACUCAUUCACUCGAUACACAAUGUGCUCUCAAGUGCAUUCUCUCUACAUUCAGCACACACAAUGGGAAACCGAGCAAGUAUAAUGUUUAUUAUGUGCAUGAGAUUUCUUAUAUAAAGUCCUCUCAAAGUUUCUCAUUUUCAAUGCAGUUUGGAAAUUAGGAUGAAUCUGAUACCAAUAAUGUACACAAGACAUACAUCUUGCUCAUGUGGUGCUCUAUUUAUUGUUUUCAAAUGAUCUGUGAUAAGAUAUUCAAGGUAUUACCCAAUACUUUUCGUUUUUUCGGUUAUCUCCGUAAGCGUAUCCUCUGCGUGUGUGUGUGACCUGGCUGUGCUCGGUGGACGGCUGAGGUUCCCAGGCCCCUCUGUAUAAUAAAUCAUCUCCAGAGACGCAUCAUCUCUCUCCUGUUACAAUGUUAUAGGAUCGGCUCCUGCCGCUCUAUCGUAUACACAAAGAGGAACACAUUCAUCUUUUCUCUUUUUAGUUGGGUCCUAAUGAGGUCGCAGAGAAUGGAGGAAAAACUCCAGAUCCCAAUGGUGCAAACACACAACACAGAGAUAAACACAGAGAUAAACCACACAAGCAGGUGUGGCCGCAGGUAUAUAUAAGUUAAUCAUCAGACCAUCAGAGAUUUUUACCCAUUCACAUCAGCCUGAGGAUGAGGAGUAUGCUUCAUCACUGGAACAUGGAUCUGAGGAGCAUUGUCGCUGUGUUUGUUUGCUUGUCCCUCGGCAAGUGUGCUAAUGUCCCCGACCUUCGUAAUUUACCGAUGAGUUUGAUGUCCAAUGAGACCGGGACCCUGCCUGUGGGGCCCGUGGCAGAACCGGAUCUGUCUUACUGUCAGAUGAUUCUUGAAGCUCCAGUCCCCCCCACGGCUGAUCAAGUACCGUGGUACUGCAUCUGCUCCGCCUGCUCCGGUAACCGAGGUCAGAAGGGAGAAAGAGGAGACCGUGGACUACCAGGGAGUCCUGGUAGUGCUGGUCCGAGAGGUCUUACUGGGUUUCCCGGUCGUCCGGGAUUCACAGGACGUCCUGGUUUAAAGGGUGAGAAAGGUGAAUUGGGGGACAAGGGUGAAAUCGGUCCAAUCGGACGCACAGGGACAAAAGGAGAGCGUGGUUUCAAAGGUGAGAAGGGUGACCCCGGUCUUUACGGGCCUGCGGGUGAACCAGGUCCAAAAGGAGAGGACGGUCAGUGCCCUGAAACCUGCGAGCCCAUUCCAGGACCGCCUGGGGAAGAUGGUCUUCCCGGCCCUGUGGGAGCACGAGGGUUACCCGGGCUAAACGGAGAGUCUGGUGCAAAAGGGCAGAAGGGAGAUCCGGGCUUGGCCGGUGUGCCGGGCACUCCGGGUACACCAGGUCAGAAAGGUGACCAGGGUUUACAGGGACUGUGUAACUGCCAAGAUGGGGCUCCAGGGACUCAGGGUCCUCAGGGGGCAAAGGGUGAUAAGGGUGACACGGGCACAGCAGGGGCGCAGGGUGUGAGUGGAGCACCGGGACCCAAAGGUAAUCCGGGUGAUAUGGGAAUGCCGGGUGCACCAGGACCGUGCUCGCCCGCCGUGCAGUCGGCUUUCACGGCUGCCCUGACCACCUCCUUUCCACAACCCAGCCGUCCGGUGCAGUUCAAACGCAUCAUCACCAAUGUGCUCCAGAACUACAACCCCGAUUACGGCAUCUACACGGCCCCCGUUAACGGAACCUACGUGUUUAGCUACCACCUGCAGGUGUCCACCCGCUCGCUGAAGGUGGGACUCUUCCGCAACUUUGAGGCCGUGGUGAAGACGACUACGCCGGUUGAGAUGAACACCGCGUCCCACCAGGUGGUGUUGAGCCUGACCCAGGGCGAUUGGGUUUGGAUGCAGGUGCGAGAUACCACCACUAACGGCAUGUUCGCCGGGACGGAGGCCAGCAGCACGUUCAGCGGGUACCUCCUGUAUCAAGACAACUGUGAUGACAUGGCCCCGAGAGAUUUCUUUACUGAACAAGAGUUCAAUGGAGAAUUCAUCUGGGGCGAUGAAACACAACCUUAGUGAUCUCUUAACCUUCUCCUACAUCCUACAUUAUUACAACUGCACCCUUAAUCUACAUUCUGUAUCCAUGGAUCCCGGUUUGGGGACCUACAGCAUUGCACAUUUUGUAAGCAUCUUUUAUUUAACACUCCUGAUGCGAAUCAUCAGCAGUUCGCAGAGAUUUAUAAACUGAAUCAGGUCUGUUAGAUGAGAGAGACAUAAAAUUUGCAAUGGUGUGGGUUCACAGCUUCAAAAUAAAAAAACAAUGCUUUCGAUUUUAAACUGCUUUCUACGCCAAAUCUGCUGCCAAUAUCUGUUGCUAUAAUAGUGCGCAUUACACAGAGAGUCUUUUAAAGGCUUCUGUAUUUAGAUUGUAGAUGUAUAAAGCUCAGCUGAAAGAAGAUCUGUCUCAUAUGUUUUGAAUAGUUGUCCAGGUGGACACAUGUGGCGUCUAUUUUCACUUCAUGUCUAACUUGAUUCAUUUUUUGUUCAUGUAUAAAUACAGAUCAGUCGAUAAGACCAGCUUACAGUCCCACCCUUGUAUAGAGGUCAUAAGAAACCUCAGUCGAAGAAGACGAUCCAUCACAAUGAAGUUAUUCUGCAGACACAUCACAUAAUGAUUCAGAAAGAACUGGGUAUGUAAGGGAACAUAUGAGAGAGGGGAAUUGUCGGAUAUGAAACAGAUAGUGAAAAACAAUGGAUAGAGAGAGAGAAAGAAAGAGAGAAAGUCUUUUGUCUUGCAUGCUGCAGAAAAUAGCAAGAUAUCUAAAUGAUAACACAAAACAUGACACAUAAGAUGUUCUGUGAAUUAAUGCUUUCAAAUAUAAUUCCAAUAAAUGUGUAAACUGUUACACUGACUUCUUGGUUUUGACUUAUCGGUCCAAUUUAUCAAAAUAGCAAAUUAGACCAGCUCCAAAUAAAUAAAUAAAUGGUG